GUUGUUCCAUCAGUUUGAACACUCCCAUUCGAAUCUAGCAGAUACAUAGCCUACUUCACUCUCAGACAAUAGUCUUGUCAUUUUAGGAGAGCAACAUCUCGACUGUUAGCUUGUCCGACGUUUCUUUUGCAAACCGCUUUGCUCUGAAGGCAGCCAUGAGAGACCUGAGCAUAUUGUUGUCAUUAUGCAUCGCAAGCCUUUUGGCGCAGCCCACCUGCACCUUACGCUCUCAUCUGAAAAUAAAGGAGCUCGUGGGCUUCGCGUGGAAAAACUGCGGAUCACCUGACGAUCCAGCUGUCAUGAAGACUCUAUCGAUAUCUCCAGACCCAAUCUCUGUCCCAGGAAACUUGAUGGCAAGUGCGAUGGGUACAACAUCCGUUGCGCUCACUGCUCCCGUGUCUUUGAAUGUGACCUUGGAGAAAGAAGUGGCUGGUUUCUGGGUCAAGAUCCCAUGUUUGGAGGAGAUUGGGAGCUGCCAUUACUCCAACGCCUGUGACUUGCUGGACCAGGUGAUCCCUCCUGGACAGGACUGCCCCGAGCCUCUGCACACGUAUGGCCUGCCCUGCCAUUGUCCCUUCAAAGCUGGGGACUACUCUUUGCCUCAGUCGCAGUUCUACUUACCAGACAUUGAACUGCCCUUCUGGCUCACCAAUGGCAACUACAGGGUCCAGGGCGUUAUGGGAGCAGAUGGAAAAGAGCUGGGUUGCCUUAAAGUGAGCUUGUCCAUCCACUCGGCCUGAAACCACAGGUCCUACUGUACGCUGGACUAGCAGUGCCAUUUGCACAAGGAACCAUCACUCGACUCGCACAGUAGCCGUGGCAAUCAUUUCAAUGCACAGUCUGUAAAGGGAGGCUCUAAAUCGGUUCAAUUUUCACACAUGCCAAUUCAGUUUUUCGUUUGGUUUUUUUUUGUGUGUUUUAAAAGUUCUUCUUUUUCUUCUGAUGCAGACUUAAAGAAAUUACCUCUAUUUAAAAAAAGAAAAACAAUUUGUGGAGGAUGAUCAGGAAAGGUGUCAUUUCAUCUCACUCCAGUGUGUCUUACCACUCAGUAUGUCUCGCUUGUGUAUGAUUUUAACAGGGGGUAGGGGUGGCAGAAAACGGCUUGGGCCCCAUACAUGGAUUAAGCCUAGACCUAGAUCAAGAGAGAACUUCAGUGAAAAUCAUUGAAGAGAGAGUUUUUGUCUGGUGGUGCCAAGCUUAAUCCAUCAACAGCAAACAACAAACUGGCCAUGUAUUUGACGAGGAACAUGUGGUCAUGUAAAGUGAUCACAGAUAAAGGGCAAUGUUGUCUGAAUCACUGUUUUUAUCUUUCAGAAAAGCACUUGCUGUAGUAUUUUUUUACUGCUUUGUUUAAUAAACAGUUCAAUUUAAUGUGCUAUAUUAUGUGGGUGUUGCUGAAUACAUUGUAUUUGUCAAUUCACACAGGUUUAGUGCCUAUAAAAGAGCUCCUCAGGGAUCAGGAGGGUCUUCCAUUCAAUUUAAAAUCAGUGUUUUAUAGCUUUCCAAGAGCGGUGUUGUUGAUCAUGUGGAAAGACGAAUAAAGGUGUAAAUUGAUGUUGCAUAUGA